UGCUGAGCCCCGCUGUCCCCUGAGGAUGAUGGCGGAUGAAGACGCGGUCGCGGCCGAAGAGCGAGCUUUUGACGGCGGCCCCACGCUGCGCGACUACCGGCGGCCGACGCGGCUGUACUGCAUGAACGGCGGAUACCACCUCCAGAUCCUGGCCGAUGGGACGGUGCGGGGCGAGCGGGAUGAGCGGGACGAUCACACUGUGCUAAAGCUCGUAGCCGUGGGCAGAGGCGUCGUCGUCAUCCUGGGAAAGGCGGCAGAGCGAUACCUGGCCAUGAGCGCAGAAGGCCGUCUGUACGGCUCGUCCACAGUAACCGACGAGUGCCGCUUCCUGGAGAACCUGGAGGAGAACCACUACAACACGUACAAGUCUCAGAAAUACCAGGACAGCAGCUGGUACGUCGGCCUCAAGAAGAACGGCAGGACUAAGCUGGGCCCAAGAACCCACAUCGGACAGAAGGCCAUCUUCUUCAUCCCAAGACAGCUGGAGGAUUCCUGGGAUUAGUGAGCCUCUCUAGUGACGGGAUGUGAGGAAUGUUGAGCUCUGAUGCAUGAGUAGUUUACCUCUAGAGUUGUAUCCUUCCUGUCAACUAACACGUCUGCGCAGCCUUUACUUAGCAGCUAUUUAACUCAGCUAACUGAAACACAAUCCUGAUUUCUCCAGACUUUGAAUAUCAGAUAAGACAGAUUAUAAGUGGACUUUUAAGAAGUGUUUUAUUUGAUGGCCUAGUAUGCUCAGAGGGAAGACUGCUGACUUGGCAAUUAUCCAGCAGAAAGUCUUAGACUCCCUCCACAAGGGCAUAAACUACAAAGCAUUAUUCCAAAUAAAGCUAACUGUUCCUAGUUGUAUCGAAACAUUUUGGUGGAAAGUUGAGUGGAAGCAAAAAGUGUGGGAGAAAAAAAAACAGGAAUAACCAAAGCCAUCAGAAGGGAUAACCACUUCCUUUUAAUAAUGUCUCACAUCUUAUGUGAGGCACUGACUCACAUAAGAUGUGAGUCAGCGCCUCAAGAGCCACCAGAUCAGAGUCAUGAACGACGACCGCAUCAGUCCUUAGCACCGCAACGCAUUAAAGGUCUGCUGUUGUUGUUGCAUCAACCAGACCACUCAGGGCUUCUGGCUCUGCUCUGCAUCUCCAAACACGGAGAAGCAGGAUUCAGCUUCUAUGCACCACUAAUCUAGAACAAACUUCCCGAAACUUGUAAAACAGACGAGUUUCUUUGAAUCUAGACUCUGUUCAGAGUUCCUUUUUUCACCAUAAUAAAUGAAACACUAACCAACAUUUUUGAUGUUUAAUGACGACACUUGGAAAAAUGKAAUGUUUCAAUUGUUGAUUUUUGUGUUUUUAUGAUGUAAAGCACUUUGAACUUGCCUUAUUGCUGAAAUGUGCUAUUCAAAUAAAAUUUGAUUCAUUCUGUUCAGCAACUUCUGAAGCAGAGAAUGCUCUUCUGUGAUAUUUUGAUUUGCAUUACAUGCAAGCUGAUAAUCAGAGCAAACAGAAACUAAUACUUGAAUUUUAUCCAUGUGCAAUAAAUCUAAUGAAAUGAAUCA